AUGUUAUUCCCCAAAAAGGUGAUCAUUUCUGCAACGACUUUAAGCAGCAGCAGCAGCAGCAGCGUUUGGCUGCUGGUGUUCUUUGCCUGUGUCACCCUCAGCACGGCCCUCAGCACCUCUGAUCAGCAGCAGCAGCAGCCACAGCAGCUUAGUGACACAAGUUCAUACGGCGAGCGACUAGCUGAAAGUUCGUACGUCUUCAACUCAAUCGCAAACGGCGGCAGCGGCAGCUUUGGCAGCAGCAGCAGUCAAAAGGAGGCAUCCUCGGAUGGCAGCGGCAGCUACUACUCUCCGGGCGUCAGCGCCCUCCUCAACAGCGACGGCUUCCUCAACACCAUGAGCAAGUUUUCACCUGGCGGCGCCGAGGGCGCCAAGUACACGCCCAGCGGACCGGUAGAGGCGGCGGUGCACACGAAGAAGACCAUCGAGGUGAUACCGGUCCGCUUUGAGGAGCCGAAAGAGGGCGAGCCACAGGUGAUCGAGAUCUCCCCCUACGAGGUGCCGCUGUCCAUUGUCUUCAAGACGGCCACCAAUAAGAUCAAUGUGAAUCAGGAGCAUCGAUCAGAAACACCAGAGGAAGUAAAGGAGACCACAUCAGAAGAGGAGCCGCACAGGGUGGUGCACAAUGUGUAUCGACCAGUUAUUCAAGAAGUAACCGAAGUGAUCCAACCAAUUCGAAAGAUGCUUCAGCGUGUUGAGCCGGUAAUUGAAGAGAUGAAGACAAUCAUCUCCAAAGCAGGACCACCAGAAGGUGGAAACGGCAACGGGUACAGUCGCCCUAGCAGCAGUGGUGGCUUCAGCGCCCAGAAGGCGACACUCGAUGAUAAUCGCUUUGCCCGUUACGGUGGAAAUGACCUGGGCCGAGGACUGAGCAUUCUGCCGCUCUCCUACAGCUCCGCUUCAGAGGUCAUCAAGAAGCUCUCCUCGCCGCCCUCCUCGCUGUCUUCUGUCACCUCGAUGUCAAGUGAAAAUGAAAUGUCCCGACGCUUUGGAAUCACCAACCGACCGACGCGAGUGGAUGAGGGCAACAGCUACAGCCAAAAGCAGUCAACCACCACAAAUGACAACAACAACAACAACAACAUCAACGAUGAGGCAGCAAACACCAAAACCGACUACAAUGACAUCAUCAAAGAGUACAUCACCAAGUUUCUCGAGCCAAGCCGGGCACCGGGAGCCAAAUCAGGCUCCUCCAAGUCAAAUAAGCACUCGCUGAAGAUCAACCCGCAGAGCAUUAAGAUGUUCAACGUGCCGCUGAAAAGCAUGCCCAGCACUACAAUCGACAGCAUCAAGCCGUACAACAAGGGCAGCGACCAACAACAGCCCCUGCAUCAGCAAGGGAGUGAACAAAAGCCAAAGUUUAAGAUUAUCAAGGAGUUUCGCGUCACGCUGGAGGACUUGAAGAAGCUGAAGCUGGCGCCCUUUGUGCUGCAGGCAAAAGCCAACGCCCUGCAGAUGGCCAACAAGGGAGGCAACAGCGGCAGCAGCAGCUCUCCAAAGAACUCCUUCAACUCUCGCUUUAGCUCAACCCUAAAGGACUGGACCAACUUUAGCACUCCCCUCAGCGCCAGCUCUUUCCGGCCACUUCAGGCAAGCACUGGCAUGGCAGUGCAGGAGUCCAAUCCGCGGCAAUUCACCGGCAUUCAGCCGUCGUCAGUUGGAGGGUAG